ACGAUGAAACCUAUUAUUCAAGUGGAAGAGACACCUCAUGCUAGUAUUGCGGAUGAUGCAUAUAGGGGAAUUUUUUUUACCGAAGAGGAGCGCGGUUAUUGCACCUGUUUGAGCGCCUUCGGAUGGGGUCGCCGUACCUGUCCCGGCAUGCAUUAAGGACAUCCUUCAAUUCUUUUUUCCGGCAUCGCGCAAACACUGUUGGAGUUUUGCGUUUGCCGAUAGUCUCAACUCAAGUCCCUUGCCGUUUGAGUGCCUCUUUACAGCUCGCUCACCUGAGCACCAGAAACUCACUGAGUGGGAGUUUGAGGCUUCAUUGCAGCACUCGAGAAUAUAUGCGGCCGGACAUGAUGAGCGAAAAGUGGAGGACAUCUUAAGCUACAUAUGUGUGCUGUUGGCGUCGAUUUUCAUCUCGCUUGUACCGCUGUCAUAAUGCUAACAGAAUGAGAG